AUUUCCUGUAAAUAUAGGUGAUCUACUCUUACUUGUUCAAACAGCCAAUCCUCAAAUAUUCCACCCAAAUUAUUUAGGGAGGUAAAAUGUUGAUGAACCACCCCUCUCAACACAAACCAAACAAUUUAAAAGGACCACCAAACAUAACUAUACAUAUUUCCUUCCAACUCAAUAUAACUGAAGCUUACAAGGCUCUGAUCGAUGCUAUAUGGCUAUGGCUUUGGCAAUUUUGCUGUUAUGUUCUCUAAUGGGAGCUUUCGUCGGCGCCGGCGGGGAUACUAUCGAUAACUUAACGGCGUCCUUCGUGUUCGGCGACUCUCUCGUCGAUGCUGGAAACAAUAAUUAUCUUCCUACUUUGUCAAAGGCCGAUAUAAGGCCGAACGGCAUCGACUUCACCGCCUCCGGCGGGGAGCCGACUGGCCGGUAUACUAAUGGGAGGACUAUUGCAGAUAUUGUUGGAGAGGAAUUGGGACAAGUAGGUUUUUCACCGCCAUUUCUUGCCCCAAACACAACAGGAAAUGCUAUAUUGAAUGGAGUAAAUUAUGCAUCAGGUGGCGGUGGCAUAUUGAACGGCACAGGACAAAUAUUUGUGAAUAGACUUGGGCUGGAAAUCCAAGUGGACUACUUCAACAUUACAAGGCAAGAACUGGACAAAAUAAUGGGGAAAUCUCAAGCAAAAUAUUUUCUUAUGAAGAACUCAAUAUUCUCAAUGACCAUAGGAUCCAAUGAUUUUCUUAACAAUUAUCUCUUCCCUUUCCUCUCUGCUGGGGUGAGAAUAAAUCAGACACCUGACACCUUUGUGGAUCAACUGAUCAACACCCUCAGAGCUCAACUCACUAGACUAUAUUCAUUGGACGCUCGGAAAUUUGUGGUAGCCAACGUUGGACCCAUUGGCUGUAUUCCGUAUCAGAGAAGCAUCAACAGGCUCACAGAGACAGAAUGUGUUAGCCUACCCAAUGAACUCGCAAGAACUUACAAUGUCCGCUUAAGAGACUUACUUUCUGAGCUAAAUGACAACCUCCCCGGAGCCAAAUUUUGCCUUGCAAAUGUAUAUGAUUUAGUCUUCGAAAUCAUCACAAAUUAUAAAAGAUAUGGAUUCACGACUUCGAGCUCUGCGUGUUGCGGGAACGGAGGGCGAUUCGCGGGACUUAUUCCGUGCGGGCCGACGUCGUCGAUGUGCGAUAAUCGAUCGGAAUACGUGUUUUGGGAUCCGUAUCACCCUAGCGAAGCUGCAAAUUUGAUAAUCGGAAAGUAUCUUGUUGAUGGAGACACUAAGUACAUAUCUCCCAUAAACCUUAGACAGCUCAAAGCCCUUUGAUCACAAAGCUUAAUACAUUUGGAGUUGUGGAGGAAUUAGGUUUAGUUUGGGACUUUAAAAGAAUUUUAUUGUGUUAAAAGUUAUUAACUGGUCAUGUAUGUAUUAUAAGCAGGUGUUUCUCCUGCUUGAAUGUUAAUAGGUAGAUGUAAUUCUUUGCAGGAACUGUUUACUUGUAUUGGUUUUCAUGAUUGUAAUAAUAAAUUUAUACAAAUAUGAUGAAAU